UUAGACAAUCUAUCCAUCCACUCUCCACUGUCAGUGGCAGGUGAAACGCCAGUGUAGAAGAAGCUCAGAAGCUCAUCCAUGGCUUCCUCUUCAACCCCUCUUCCUCUCUCUCCACCACCUUCUCAUCUUCCGCUUCAUAGCCGUUCAACCAACCCCAAAAUCCCAACCAUUCGUUACCGCCUCAGCAGACUAUGCCAAGAAGGUCAGCCCCAUCUUGCCCGCCAACUCUUCGACGCUCUUCCUCGCCCCUCCACCGUUCUUUGGAACACAAUCAUCAUUGGAUUAGUCUGCAACAACUUCCCCGAUGAAGCCCUUCUCUUCUACAGCAAUAUGAAGUCCUCUUCUCCAAAAGUUAAGUGCGAUUCCUACACUUACUCUUCUGUUCUCAAGGCCUGUGCCGAUACCCGCAAUCUCGGGUUUGGAAUGGCCGUUCAUGCUCACUUUCUUCGAUGUCUGAUGAAUCCUAGUAAAAUUGUGUAUAAUUCCCUUUUGAAUAUGUAUUCUAUGUGUUUGAGCACUACCCCAGAUGGUAAAAUGGUUUCUAGUUAUUCAGGGUGUGAUUUGGUACGUAAGGUGUUUGAUUUAACGCGUAAGAGAACUGUCAUUGCUUGGAAUACCCUUAUUUCUUGGUAUGUGAGAACGGAGAGGUAUGCUGAAGCUGUGAAACAAUUUAGGAUGAUGAUGAAAAUUGGGAUAAAACCAAGUCCAGUCAGUUUCGUUAAUGUGUUUCCUGCCUUUUCAAGUUUAGGGGAUUUCAAGAAUGCCAAUGUUGUUCAUGGAAUGCUUGUGAAGUUAGGCAGUGAAUAUGUUAAUGACUUGUAUGUUGUGAGCUCUGCAAUUUUCAUGUAUGCAGAGCUUGGUUGCCUCGAAUUUGCUAAGAAGGUUUUUGACAAUUGUUUGGAGAGGAACACCGAGGUUUGGAAUACAAUGAUCAGUGCUUUUGUUCAGAAUAAUUUUCCUCUUGAAGGAAUUCAACUUUUUCUUCAAGCUAUGGAAUCUGAAGACGCUACUCUUGAUGAAGUGACUCUUCUUUCAGCAAUAGCUGCAGCUUCACACUUGCAGAAGUUUGAAUUAGCGGAACAGUUGAAUGCAUUUGUCAUUAAGAAUGUAGCCGUGUCAAAAGUUUGUUUAAUGAACGCCAUCAUUGCUAUGUAUUCUAGGUGCAAUUCAAUUGAUAUAUCAUUUAAAAUUUUCAAUAAUAUGCCUGAAAAGGAUGUUGUUUCAUGGAAUACAAUGAUCUCUGGUUUUGUACAAAAUGGAUUGAAUGACGAAGCAUUAAUGCUCUUUUAUGAGAUGCAGAAGCAAGACUUGAUGAUUGAUUCUGUGACUGUUACCGCUCUGCUUUCAGCAGCUUCGGAUCUUAGAAACCCUGAUAUUGGGAAGCAAACUCAUGGCUAUCUACUUAGGAAUGGAAUUCAAUUUGAGGGAAUGGAUAGCUAUCUUAUAGAUAUGUAUGCUAAAUCUGGUUUGUUUGAGGCUGCUCAAAAUGUAUUUGAGAAAAGCUAUAGUCAUGAAAGAGAUCAGGCCACUUGGAAUUCCAUGAUGUCCGGCUAUGCACAAAAUGGACUUGUUGAUCAGGCCUUUCUCGUCUUGAGACAGAUGCUUGACCAAAAGGUAAUGCCUAAUGUUGUGACCCUCGCUUCAAUUCUUCCUGCUUGUAAUCCAUCAGGGUACAUAGAUUGGGGCAAGCAACUCCAUGGGUUCUCUAUCCGUAAUGACUUAGACCAAAAUGUUUUUGUCGCAACUGCUCUUAUUGAUAUGUAUUCAAAAUCAGGGUCAAUCACCCAUGCUGAAUAUGUUUUUAGUAAGGCCAAUGAGAGAAGUAUAGUCACUUAUUCCACCAUGAUAUUGGGUUAUGGUCAACAUGGGAUGGGUGAGAGUGCUCUCUCUAUGUUUCACACAAUGCAAAAAUCUGGUAUUAGGCCUGACGCAGUUACCUUUGUAGCAGUCUUGUCUGCCUGUAGUUAUGCCGGUUUGGUUGAUGAAGGUCUUCAAAUUUUCGAGUCGAUGAGAACUGUAUAUAACAUUGAACCAUCCACUGAACAUUUCUGUUGUGUUGCGGAUAUGCUUGGGAGGGUCGGGAGAGUAGAUGAAGCCUAUGAGUUUGUCAUAGGUUUAGGGGAACAAGGGAAUGUGAUGGAAAUUUGGGGGUCUCUUCUCGCUGCUUGUAGGAUUCAUAAACAAUUUGAAUUAGGAAAGGUUGUUGCCAAGAAGUUGCUUGAAAUGGAGAAAAGAAAUAGGAAGACAGGUUACCAUGUUUUGCUUUCGAACAUGUAUGCGGAGGAAAGAAACUGGGAAAACGUAGAUAUUAUAAGAAAACAGAUGAGAGAGAGAGGUUUGAAAAAGGAAACUGGAAGCAGUUGGAUUGAGAUUUCUGGUUAUAUGAACCAUUUUUCAUCCAAGGAUAGGAAACAUCCACAAUCCGAUCAGAUAUACAACAUGUUGCAGGAAUUACUGGCAGAGAUGAAACAUGCUGGUUAUAGGCCACAAUCCAGUUCCUAUCUUGGUCUUCUGGAGCCUGAUGAAUGAUACAUUUUCCAUGUUCAGGAGAAGAAGAUGCAAUCUAGCUCUUGAUGAUUUACCUCACAAACACUUGUAUGCUGGAUAAGGUUUGCAAGCAGGCCAAUCAGGUUUGCAAGCAGGCCAAUCACUUGGCUUUGAAAUCCAUCGUUGUAUUGCCAUCGUUAGUUUUAUGAUGUGCAGCUCAAAGUUUAAGUUGAAAUUAUAUGCCUGCUAUAUUUGAUUGGAUUUGUUGCAACAAGAUAAAAAGCAGCUGCCAGCCCCUGCUAUCAGUCUACGAAAAUGAACUGUAGUGCAAAGUUAUCAUGUCUUUCAGCUUCUACUUUCCAGGUGUAAAUGCUUUCUAAUCUUGGAUAUACCAUAUCUAAGAUUAAAGCUAUACCAUAUCGAAAAGCUAUUUAGAGAUUUAUAGUUUGGAUGACUGAAUGAUGCAUUUAACCAUGAUACCCUGCAGAUGGCAUUACCACCUACUAGGUCCCUGAUGGCCAACGAGGAAACAACAGGAACCUGCUUUCCCUUACUGGCGUCAAGAGGGUCUGAGGAAAGUUCUAGCAACGGCGCAUCCAUAGUUGCAUUGGAACUCGAGAGAGAGAGGUAAGCACCGGGAUGAUUGAUUUCAGGCCAAAGUCUCUCCGUAACAAUGAUCAUCCACAAGCUUACCCUUCAUCACUAACAUGGCACAACAUGUUCAAUCACUUUCUGCAUCUUUUGCUGAUUUGGAUACCUAAUAAUCUAUAUGCUUUAUCAUCCUUCCUGGAUUAUGCUUCACAUCAACGAAAGCUACAAGCCGUGUGUCAUAGAAGCUGUGACAGUACUUACUCGUCCCAUGUUGUUGGAUGUGUUGUAGAUAUGUUCUGCAUCACCAUGAUAGAUGUGGCUAAAGAGUUUGAGGUUCCUUAUUAUGUGUUUUACAGUUCCAGUGUUGGCCCUCUUGCUUUUACUUUUGAGCUUUACGAUCAAAAUUAUAAUAACGAGUUGGUGGAGCAGUUGCAGAACUCGGAAGCUGGGUUAGUUGUGCCAAGUUUUGUCAAUCCGAUUCCUAGGACAGUCUUCCCUCGUUCUUUGUUUGAUUAUGAAACUGCUCUUUAUUUUAUGAUAAUGCCAAAAGAUCUAUGUAAAAAAUCAAAGGUCUUUUGAUGAAUACGUUUGUUAAAAAGAGAAAUUAUUACCUUUUA